CUACAACACUCGACAGGUGUGGGUAUAAUGCACCUCUAAAAGCACUUUGGACAGGUGUGGGUGUAAUACACCUCUACAACACUCGACAGAUGUGGGUGUAAUGCAUCUCUACAACACUCGACAGGUGUGGGUGUAAUGCACCUCUACAACACUCGACAGGUGUGGGUGUAAUGCACCUCUAAAAGCACCUUGGACACGUGUGGGUGUAAUACACCUCUAAAGGCCCUCUCGACAUGCGUGUGUGUUCCAUCUCCGUAGCAGUCACCGAGUGGAUCCAGUUGUAUUUGUAUGUAACUGACUGAGGCACACGUGUGUGCUCAUAUGUACUGACUGCGGCACACGCGUGUGCUUAAAUGUAACUGACUGCGGCACGCGUGCCAGAGUGCGCUGUAUGUACUCUUACACACAGUGCACAGGCGUAGGCGUAGUACCAAGCAGUGCCUCACACGCUUCGUAGACGCCGCCGAUGGAUGAGCAUUGCAUCUGCCAGCCCCAAAUGUAUGGCCCAGGUGCAUGUCCACUGCCGUCGGUUUUGGGUGCAGAGGUGUGUAGCAUCUCACGCUGCCUUGGUACAAGGACCGGUCCUGUCCGGAUACACAAAGGACCGGGCCAGCGGAGACGCAUAUAGGGCCACGCCCAACCCCUUCACCGCGGGUGCUGUGUGUGCGCGUAGUUCUCACGCGCCGAAGCAGCUCAGCAUCACCACACGACCCAAUGCAUUGGAGCCAUAUGGUAAAGAAGAGGUCGCAUGCGCAAGAGAUAGCCACGGUUUGAGCCACACGCAGGUGUAAUGGAAGCAUACAGAGGCACAUGCACGUGCAAUGCGAUCAUACGCGUGCAACCAAACUACACCGAAAUCUCCCCUGCCACAGUGUGCAUAAGCGACGGCCUGUAUUCGUGUGAGUAUACUACACUGACAGACGCACAUACAUGAAUGAUGGGCGUCGUGUGGGUCAUAGCGCAGUGCGUGUGUGCGUCUAAGGAAUUCACGCCGGAGAGUAGCCCUAUCUCACGUGUGCACGUGACUGUCGGCUGAGGCUAUAGCCCACAGCAGCGCGCAGGCGAAUUGCGAUGAACACAUACACUGCAACUGCAAAAACUUCAAUGCAAAACUGAGAGGAGACACCAUGUCAUGUCACUUUCAACUACUACGCCACCCCGGUCAGUGGGACGUAUAGGGGCGGGUAAUGUGUGUGACUAGGGUUUUAGGGUUAGCUUUUAGGGUUUUAGGGUUGGCUUCAGGAGACCGAUCAUCGACAAGGAGUGUAGAUUACGCUUAUGGGUGGGGGGUGUAGGGGCGUGUGGCUGUGAGUGUACACUUGGGUGAAUGUCUGUACGAGAGAGAGAAUCAAUGCCCAGUGCCAUAUCGAACGGUGUUGGUAGGUUCGUUCAUGAAGUUUUAACGCUAUUCCGCCAGACGUUAUGUGAGGGGUACGCUGAUAUAUACUCACAAGGCAGUGAGGUGAACGCGUUGUUGCAACUGCAAUGGUGGUGUUGGUAGGUAGACUCGCAUGUCCUUCGUUUGAUCGACGCAAUCGAUAUACGUUAGUACGUGAUGAGUGUAGGGCAGUCUAGGCUUUGCUCUUCCGUGGUUGAGGUGUGCGGAGAGCCCUAGUGUGUGCUCCCAGGUGCGCAUAAAUGGGGCCAAUUGCACCCCGAUAAGUCCGAAUAGUGGAAUUGGUACUCUAGUCUGCUCUAGCUAGUUAUAUAUAAAUCAACGUUUUAUUUGACCAGAGGUGACAUAUGUUAAGAAGUAUUUCUACAGUGAGGAGAGGCACCUAUCAAUAGCGCAAUAAAUGACAAGUAAACGUAUUCAAUACCGUGUACAGCAACGGGC